UACACGCAAACACUCGUGGUCCUCUGCAUACCCUUCCGUUUUCGAGAAAAAAAAAACCCUAGAAAAAGCACCUACACAUUCUCAGAGAAUCAUCGGUACCCAUUUACAGAAAAAGAAUGAAGAGAAAACUCUCUCAAUCUCGAAGACUUCGGCACAAACACACCCCUAACUGGCUAGAGCUCCCACUGGACGUGACGGCCUCAAUACGCCACAGGGUUGGGGCAAUAGACAUACUGGAGAAUGUACAGAAGGUGUGUACUACCUGGCGAAGAAUAUGCAAAGAUCCGGCGAUGUGGGGAGUCAUAGAUAUGCGUAAUUUGGGGGAUUUGUUCGACAUGCCUUAUGAUCUUGAGAAGAUAGCAAGUCAGCUGAGACGUCUUAGAGUGGUGAUUUGCCAUGAGUUAUUAACUGAAAGUUUGAAUAUAGUGGUAAAAAAACUACCGUUGUUGGAGGAAUUUCAUCUUUACUACACCUACAUUGACUUUGAAGCUAUUGAAAACAUCGGUUGUUGUUGCCCACUUUUGAAGUCAUUCAUAUACAACCAGGAAGGGCAUACAUUCUCACAAGUAGAGAAUGAUGAGGAGGCUUUAGCCAUCGCAAAAAACAUGCCUGGAUUACGUCAACUUCAUCUCUUUGGAAAUAAGAUGACAAACAUUGGCCUGCAAGCCAUUCUUGAUGGUUGUCCUCACCUUGAUUCACUUGAUUUGCGACAGUGUUUCCAUGUCAAGCUUGAAGGUGAUUUAGGCAAAAGAUGUUCAAAGAUAAAAGAUCUGAAGCGUCCUUUCGACUCCACUAAAGGCUAUGGAUUUGUUACUUCACCUCAGAACAUGAUGUACUCUGCAAAUGGAAUAUUCGAGGAAAUAUUUGAGGAUUUUUGGUGA